CUAGCACCGGUGUGCAGUACAAGUUCCUGUCAACAAAGUGAAAAUAUAAGAGGCAGCCAAAAUGGAAAUGUCAUUUUACUGGACAACGGAAUUGAAGGAGUUCUUUUUAAAAUGUUUAAAAAUCAAUUCGGUCACUUCAUUUGUGACUGCAUGUAUAGCAUGUGGACUGCUCUCCAUUGCUUAUGAGGGAAUCAAAGUCUAUACGGCUUAUGCCCGCGCUAAAAAUACUCGUGAACUAAUUGGAGCCGUUUCAUGCGCACCAAGCGAAUCAGCCAAUUUGUUAGUUACCGACAACAGUUCAAAUACCUUCUCCAAAAGAUUCUGUCGACUAAUCAACGAGACAAUCGUAUUUUUAUUUCACAAUACCCUUGGCUAUAUUGUGAUGUUGAGUACAAUGUAUUAUAACGGCUGGCUGUUUUUGGCCGUUGUUCUUAGCAUGGGAGUGGGCUACUUUUUCUUUGGCCAU